AUGGCUCACAACUCAUAUCCCAGCCCAGAUCAGGUCGUCGAACGCAUUGACACUGUCAUGUAUUUUGCUGGUACGGACUCGUUUAUUGAAUGGACGAGAUCGAUGCUCACGACGACCGACAAAGUCGUAGCCGCAGUAAUCUUAAUCUUCUUGACUCACCGAGGGUCAUAUGCCAUCAGAAUCUGUAUAACUGAAGUGAUUCUGGCCUUGCGAAGUUGGGCUAUCUGGGGACGAGACAGACAUUUCGGUAUUGGACUCAGGGUUCUGCUUGCCGCAAUAUGGGUCGCGGUCCUCGGUCUCGUGAUAAAAUUCCAGAAUACUCUGAUAUUCUCUCUAGCUACAGAGCAAGGUUGUUUCUUGACCGGAGGGAGCACCGUCUCGUACAUAGCAAUCUACACGCUAUUUCUAGCCUCCAACAGUUUGGCUCUUGUUCUUGCUUUGGCCAAGUGCCUUAAAUCUAUCUACGAGCAAUCACUCGAUAGUGCUUCACCGUACAAAGAUGGCAAGCGCAAUCCCUCACCGGUAUUUGCUUUAAAGACUUAUAGCCCUCGCCCAGGCAUUCUGUAUUACAUCGUUGUGACAGGUAUUGUCCGCUAA